AUGAUGGCAUGCAGUAGUAGUAUAUCGGUUUCCAGCCAACCGGAAAGCCCAAUAACAGGAAAGAGACCAAACAUCCUUAACCGCUCAAUCUCGGGUCAAAAUUUAAGACAACAUGCGAGAAUUCAAAGAGCAUACUCCGACAACAAUCUAUGCUAUUCAGCCAAGGCCUCCUGCAUGAAUCAGCCUAAGUUGAAAAACAGCCCUUCAAUGGGAAUUUUCGACUUCAAUCUAUCGCGUUCUAUCAUCCCCAAUUCCCUCAAGACACUGCUGUUUGAGACAGAUUCAGAUGAGAGACAUUGUCAUGAAUUGAGCGAUAUAGAAAUGGAGAAGAAAAGAGCGAACUGGGUAGAGAGGUUAAUGGAGAUUCGAAGCCGAUGGGUUCAGAAACAACAGAGUAAUGAAAUGGAUGGUGACAAUGAAGAAAAAGAGUGUGAUGAUGAAGAUGAUGGGUGUGAAGUGGAUUAUAGCGAUGAUGAAGGUAUUGAAAGCAUCAAUCAGGAAACAUUCUCCCAGCUGUUGGAUAAAGUUUCUUGGUCUGAUACCAAAGAUUUCUCACAACUGGCUUUUCUCUGUAACAUGGCCUAUGUUAUCCCAGAAAUCGAGGAGGACGACUUGAGACGAUACUAUGAUUUGACAUUUGUAACAUCCUCAUGGGAGAAGAAAGGUUUAGCUGAAGCCAUGGCACACGACUCAGUUCGGUUACCUGCGAGUGUGAGUGAAAAGGAAAUGAAGCGAAUAAACCGUACUUCAGCUUAUGAGAUAGCAGCCUCGGCAGCAACAUAUGUAAGAUCCCACGCAGGUGGACUUAUAAACCUCGUGUCUGAACCAGAACCAGAACCAAAACAUGAGGAAGAUGAUGCUGCGGAUUACUCUCCAAGUCCAAGAGUCUACAAUUCGGAGAUGGCUGCGUAUAUGGCAGCUUCCACUAUGACAGCAGUUGUUGCAGCACCUGAGAAAGAAAAGCAGGAGGCUGCAAAGGAUCUUCAGUCCAUUCACUCCUCUCCUUGUGAAUGGUUUAUUUGUGAUGACUCCAGUAUAUACACUCGCUGCUUUGUCAUCCAGGGUUCAGACUCGGUGGCAUCAUGGCAAGCAAAUCUCUUCUUUGAACCGACUAAGUUUGAGGGAACAGGGGUGCUAGUUCAUAGGGGAAUAUACGAGGCUGCAAAGGGAAUAUAUGAGCAGUUCAUGCCACAUAUUGUAGAGCAUCUGGAGAGAUACGGUGAAAGAGCAAAGCUUCAAUUCACGGGGCAUUCUCUUGGGGGCAGCCUGUCUUUACUAGUUAACCUGAUGCUGCUCACCAGGGAAGUUGUCAAGGCGUCGGCUCUACGACCCGUCGUCACCUUUGGUUCGCCCUUUGUCUUCUGUAACGGUCAAAAGAUUCUCGACCACCUGGGUUUACACGAAAACCACAUUCACUGUGUCAUGAUGCAUAGAGACAUCGUCCCCAGGGCCUUUUCAUGCAAUUACCCAAACCAUGUUGCCCAAUUACUCAAACGUCUAUGCGCCACCUUCCGCUCUCAUCCCUGCCUAAAUAGAAAUAGUUUGUUAUAUACGCCACUUGGGAAAAUGUUUAUACUCCAACCGGAUGAAAAUUCGUCGCCACAUCAUCCUUUACUCCCUCCUGGGAGCGCUUUAUACGCUAUUAAGAACAAUUCCAAGACCAAGGCGGCUAUUCGGGCCUUCCUAAACUCCCCACACCCAAUAGAAACGUUACAACAUCCAACAGCUUAUGGGUCCGAUGGCACAAUCCUUAGAGACCAUGACUCAAGUAACUACCUAAAGGCGGUUAAUGGAAUCAUAAGACAACUCACAAAGACCUUCAAGAAGAAACCAACAUCACAACAGAGCAACCUUUUGUGGCCAUUGCUGACUUCACAAUCUCCACACUAUUGGAGUCAAGAAACAAAGCUCAAAGACAACAACUUCACAGUUUCGGUUUCAGAUCAAAACAGGCUGAUUACUACAGAGGUGGCCUGAGUAGCAUUGCUGUUAGGUAAGCUAGGGAAAACUACACUAACUUGAUUGGGAUUGUGAUGUGAUGAUGAUGAUGUUCAUAAAAAGGUUUGGCUUCAAAUUUGUUCAACUAAUUACAUUAUUGUAUAUUGUGUUCCAUCUUAGCCCCCAAUUCCCAUUGUAUGUAUGUAUUACCAAUAAAUGUUAAUAAUGAAAUCCCCAGUAUAAUUAAUAUUAGCUGUUUCCAUA